AUGGUGAUGAAGCCUUGGAAUCCUAUAGACGACUUCACUAAGGAAGAAGUUACGAACGUGCCUACUUUGGUUCAGCUCAAAGGUCUAGAUAUCAAAUACUGGGGAGAAGCUUCUCUGUUCAAAAUUGCAGGCCAACUGGGGGUACCCUUACAAGUCGACAAUGUUACUAAGAACAGGGAUAGGCUACAAUAUCCCAGGAUCCUAAUCCAAAAACAAACAGGGAAGUUCUUUGUGUCACUGAUUUAUGCUUUCAAUGAUGAGAAAAAGAGAGAAGAAUUAUGGGCAGAUCUAGAGGAAUUGGCGAAGAAACUAAGUGAACCAUGGAUUCUAAUGGGGGACUUCAAUGAGAUAAUGAAUGGAGAUGAAAGAAUAGUAAGAAGGGCUCAGUGCAAUCCAUCUCAGAGACUUCAAGAUUGUAUCGGGAACUGUAAUAUGGCUGAUUUGAAGUAUUCAGGGUCUUUCUACACAUGGAACAAUAAGCAAAAGCCUGAAGAGAGGAUUUUUUCCAAAAUUGAUAGAGAAAUGGUCAAUUCACAUUGGAUCAAUGCUUUUCCUUGUUCUGAAGCUGUUUUCUUACCUGAAUUAAGCUUCGACCAUAUUCCUAUCUUGGUGACUAUUUAUGAAGAUAGGUUCUGUGGGAGGAAGCCAUUUAGGUAUUUCAACAUGUGGAAACAAGCUAUUGAGUAUGAUAACUUGGUAACCAAGGCCUGGCAAGAAGAUAUCAAAGGGACGAAAAUGUAUUGUAUAGUGCAGAAACUAAGAAGAGUGAAGAUGGUGCUGAAACACAUAAACCAAACCGGUUUUACAGACAUACAAAAGACAAUGCUUACUACACGAGAAGCUUUGGCUGAGUUGCAAGUUAAAUUGAAUAAGGAGCCACAGAAUGUGGAAUUUAUGAACCAAGAGCAGGAACUAAGAAGCAAAUUUGCAGAAGUUAGUAAGGCAUUUGCUAGCUUCAUGGCACAAAAAGCUAAGGUCAGUUGGGCUAAAUAUGGUGAUGAGAAUUCACACAUUUUCCAUGCCUCCUUAAAAUUGAGAAGGAUUCAAAACAGAAUUUUCUCGAUUGAGGAUGAGCAUGGAAAUUGGUGCGACUCUCCAAAGAAAGUUCAGCAUGCCUUCUUAGACUAUUACCAAAAGCUAUUAGGGACUAAAAUUCCAGCCAAAAGGGAAGUUGUUCAAGCAAUUGUGGAUUUGGGACUAAGGAAGGAAGUAGAAGAUGCUAUUUUUGCUAUUGAUAGGGAUAAAGCCCCUGGACCAGAUGGGUAUGGAAGUGCUUUCUUCCAAGACAAUUGGAAACUUGUAGGGGAUGAGAUAGUAGAGGCAGUAUUAUCUUUUUUAAAUUCUGGAAAGAUUUUAAAAGAGAUUGAUACUACCACUAUUACUCUAAUUCCAAAAACAAAAUGCCCUAAGAGUGUAGUGGACGUUAGACAAAUCUCAUGCUGCAAUGUUAUAUACAAUUGA